AUGAAUAGCCAAGAAGUAACCUAUGCAGAUCUGAAUCUGGGUAGGAAAUCAAAAAGACAGCAAGCAAAACCGAAGAGCACUAAAAUCUCCAUUUCAGUACCCCAGGAGGACAUCACCUAUGCAGAUUUAAAUCUUCAAAACAUUUCUCAGGAUCUUCAAGGGAAUGGCAAGAAAUACCAGGGCCAAGGCUCUCCAGGACCCCCAGAGAAGUGCAUUGCUGGGUUGCUGGGACUCACCUGCCUUAUAUUAAUAUGCAUUAUUGUAGCAGUGGCAGUUCUAGAGAUCACAGACAUUGUUUUUGAUCACAGAUCAGAAACAAGUGCUGGUGAGGAUGUGGAGAAAGGGGACCCUCCUACGCUGCGGCUAGGAAGCUCUGGGGGACCAGUCCUCAAGAAGACCAGUGUGGUGGUGUCUCCCCCUCACUCGAGGAUGCCAACUCCUAGCAGCAGAAGAGCAGCAGAGAUGAACGACCACAGAGUAACCUAUGCAGAGGUGAAGCUGGCGAAGGGCUCGAAAAGACCUCAAGUGAAACCUCAAGAGAGGAAAAGCUGCACCACAGUGACCGAGCAGGGAAUAACCUACGCAGAAUUAAACCUCCACAAAUCCCGGGGUCCUCAGGAGAAUGGCAAGUCCCGUCAGUGCAAAGUCUCCAUCUCUCUCCCCGCAGGCUCACCGGCUCCUCCCGAGAAGCGCAUAGCUGGGGUCUUGGGACUCACCUGCCUUGUGCUGAUAUGCGUUAUUGUGUCAGUGAUUGUUAAAACCGGGUGGUUCACCUACUCGGGCAGCUGCUAUUACUUUAAUGCUGAGAAAAAGACCUGGAACGAGAGCGUGACCGACUGUCAGAGAAACAACUCUCAGCUGCUCUACAUAGACUCUGAGGAAGAAAUGACAUUUUUUAAAACCAUAACAAUGUUGUCAUGGACUGGAGUCUAUCGUAACGGCAGCCAUCAGCCAUGGACGCUGGUAAAUGGGUCAACUUUCCGAUUAGAUAUGAGAUUACUAUUCUCCCUGCUCCGCCCACACGACUGCACCAGGGCCCUGGCCAUCCUGGGGGCGGUCAGUGAGGACUCACCUGCAGCUGUCGGAGCACCGUCCCUGAGACGACCCAGCUGCAAGAGUGAACGACCGCACGGAGAACUCCCCGGCACUGAAUCUGGACCCAAGGGUGCUGCAAAUGAAGGUUUCGAUAAAGCUGAAGCAGAAAUAUUUGCCAACAUUAAGAACGACAAAAGGACAUACACAGUGGACAUUUCAGAUUCGCCCUUAACUCCAGGGACGAUUGUUGCUGACGACCUGGGGAUCCUCUUGGUGCCCACAGUCGUAAAAAUCAUAGUUCUCAUUGCUUGUCAGAAACAACAAGUGCUGGUGAGGAUGUGGAGAAAAGGGGACCCUCUUAUGCUGCGGCUAGGAAGCUCUGGGGCCGGUCCCCAUGAAGACCAGUGUGAAGGUGUCUCCUGUUCACUCAAGGAUGCCAACUCCUAG